AUGCCCAACUACGGAGUCUCCCACCACCAAGACCAUAAAUUGCAACCUUAUUCCCCUAAACAAAACCAUCCUUACCAAUAUACCGAUAGAGCCGGUCCUCAUAUCCACGACUUCAAUGCCGGUUACUCACCGCCGUUCAUGCCCAUAAGUCCCACCUCCAAUCUUCCGGUGGACUUUUUUAUUCCAAAUCAAAAUCCAAUCAACCAUAAUCAAAAUCACCAAGAUCCUCUUAAUCACCACCUCCCAGAUCACCAAAACCUGCCGCUUGGUGUCCGCCACGCCAUGAUUUCCCAUGGAUUACCGGACCCCACGCCACAAUGGGACCCGUCAGACUCGUUUUUUCCUGACGUUCCCGACACCCACGAUUUCUAUUCUUUGGCAGAUUUGCCAAAUCCUUCAUUGGAAUCGAUCAACGAGCUCUCGCCGUCUUAUGACCAGUUCUUUCCUCCUCCACCCAUAAGAACCGAUUUCAUUGCUCCGUUCACACCCUCGUUCAGCGACGGAGUCAGCGACUACUCAGACACUUCCGAGAGCUCUCGCUACGGCCAGCGAACCAAGUCGUCGUCCAGUAUCAGCGUCUCUCCUUCAACGUCGAAAAUCACCAAAAAACCUUCAUUUUCCAAAAAGCCGUCGUUGCAAAGACUUCCAAAAUCUGCUGACUCCAUGAUGUCUCCCUUGAUCAACAACUAUGUCAACCUCGACCUCAAUGCGAGUGUUAGGUCCGACUCUCUGGUAUCGUCGAGAUCAGAAGACCAUUCGAUUUCUCGGAAAUCGUCCAAAUUGUCACUCAACGAAGCAGCAGCUGCCGCGGUGAAAACUCCUAAGAAACAUACCCGAAGAAAACUAAAUCCUCGGUCAAGAAAUGGAUGCUGGAUCUGCCGAAUAAAGCACGUCAAGUGCGACGAAGAACGACCUGUUUGCAAUGGGUGCAAAAAAUAUAAUCUCGAGUGUGACUAUUCUCCUGAUAAACCUGCCUAUGUGACCGACAAGAACUUACGGCAAGAAAAACUCCAGCAAAUAGCUCGUCCCCGAAACAAAUCGGGGUCCGAUAAGGGCAGAAGAGUUAGUUAG